CACACAGAUCAGACUUUACAGUAUAGCUUAAGCAAGGAACUGACUAGGUAGCAGGAAAAAAAACUGAGAAAUACUGUUCAGCAUUGCUGUGAAGAUGAAGAAAUUCACUCGUGGAAGUUUCACUUAUAUUUUGUGUCUGAUGGUCGUAACAAUUCAUGGAGAGAUCAUACGAGAGUAUUUAGCAGCCGUCAAGCAACAGGGACGCUUCAUGCUUGCCAAGAGAAACAGCUGUGCACUUGGCCAGAACCACUUUUGCCUGAUCAGAAGAAAGAGGGAUUGGUUGAUUCCCCCUGUCAGCGUUUCAGAAAAUGAUAGUGGCCCGUUCCCAAAGCAAGUGGUGAAGAUGAAGUCCACCGCUGCUGAUUCCAAGACGAUGAUUUAUAGAAUCACAGGCGCUGGAGCAGAUCAGCCACCCAUUGGUCUUUUCACAGUGGACAAGCGUACAGGCUGGUUAUGGGUCACCAAAAGCCUGGACAGAGAGGAAACUGCGCUAUACGUUCUCACAACUCAUGCUUCAGCAAAGGAUCAAAGCUACAAUGAAACUUCUGUCAGACUCACAAUCAAAGUUAUCGAUCAAAAUGACAACAAACCCCUGUGUACCCAGGAUCCUUUUAUGGGUCAGGUCCCAGAAAGGGCUAAACAAAAUGCGACCGUAAUAAAAGUGACGGCGAAAGACAUAGAUGACCCAGAAACUGCAAAUGGCAUUGUACGUUACAAGCUGGUUAAAACGCAACCCAAUGGUGGGCUGUUUCACAUCGACCCAGACAGCGGAGUCAUCAGCCUGGCCGCAAUAGGAGUUCUAGACAGAGAGAAUCAAGCCGUGUAUAGUCUGGCCGUGGAAGCGGCAGAUAUGGAUGGACACGGCCUUUCUUCCACCUGUAUGGUCAUCAUCAGAAUUACUGAUAGUAAUGAUCACGCUCCUAAGUUCAGCCAAAGAAAGUAUGCAGGUACGGUACAGGAAAAUAAGGCUGGGGAAGUUGUUGCAAGGUUGGAUGUCACAGAUAGAGAUGAGCCUUUAACUGCAAACUCUGUGGCAAGUUUCACCAUCAUCAAGGGCAAUGAGAAAGGGUUCUUCAACAUCAGCACCGGCCCCAGCGGCAUGGAAGGAAUCAUCAUGACAUCAAAAGGUCUGGACUUUGAGCAGACCAACGCUUUCUCUCUGCUGGUGGUGGUCAAGAACGAGGUUCCUUUUGCUAUUCCUUUGGCCACCUCCACUGCUACCGUCACCAUCACAGUGCAGGAUGUAAACGAGCCGCCUGUCUUUGAGCCUGAGAGGAAAAAAAUCAUGACACAUGAGGACCUCGAAGUGGGCAGCACCAUCACCAAAUACACAGCUUAUGACCCAGAUACUGCUAGAGAGCAGAAAAUAAGAUACAAGUUGCUGCAAGACUUUGCAAACUGGCUUGAGAUCACAGAGGACACUGGACUCAUCAAAGUGAGGAGUUCACUGGACAGAGAGGCCUCGUUCAUAAGAAAUGAAGAGUACACUGUCUUAGUACUGGCUUAUGACAAUGAUGACGAGCCGGCUACAGGAACAGGCACAUUAGUGAUUAAGCUGUUGGACGUUAAUGACAACGCUCCAGUGCUGGAGGAGCGCAGAGUCCCGAUGUGCCUCAUCGAACCAAAACCGGUCCGUCUGACGAUCACGGAUCCAGACGGCCCCGAAAACGGCCCACCUUUCGUCAUAGAGCUUAAUACAGAAUAUCAAAGCAACUGGACUGUCAUCAGCAACUCCAGCAGCGGCGUGGUGUUGCUGAAGCCGCUCAGACGUCUGGCUCUUGGCGAAUACAGCCUGGUAUUGCGUGUGUACGACUCCAAGAGGUUAUUUCAGAACAGGUCUAUCAUAGUGGAGGUGUGUGACUGUAAAGGUGAUGACGUUACCUGCUUCAAAGACGUAUAUGCUGCUGCUGCCGGCGUCACUCUGUCCAUCUACGUGCUAGCAGCCAUCCUAUGCUUUCUUGUGCUGUUACUGUUGCUUAUUGUCCUGAAAAGAAGGUGUGAAAGAAAAGCUCAUUGGCAACACUUCAACCAUACAGAAGAAGACAGGGACAAUAUUUUAUGUUAUAAUGAAGAAGGAGGAGGCGAACAGGACCAGGAUUUUGAUAUGAUCCUAUUGUGCAGCGGACUAGAGGUUUUCUCUAACGAUAUUGCCCCAAUGGCGUCACCUACAAUCUUCUGCCGGCAUCUUCCAGACGAGAAUGAAGACAUCGAAAGCUUUAUAUACGAGAACUUGUGCACCGCGAAUGAUGACCGCUUUGUGGCGCCGUAUGACUCCAUGCUGGUGUUUGCUCACGAGGGUGAGCAGUCUGAAUCUGGAUCUCUCAGCUCUCUGCAGUCAUCCAUCAGUGAUGGAGAUCAGGACUUCCAGCAUCUGCAGAACUGGGGACCUCGAUUCAGAAGACUGGCUGAUAUGUUUGCUGGAGGAGAAGAAGAAUGAUAUCGCUAUAUAGGAGUUUGUUUAUAAAAGUGUGACGUGAAAUGUAUUACCAAAUAUAGGAAUAUAGUUCUCCCAGAAAUUAAAAUGUGCUGAAAAUUGACUCGCCUUCAGAGCAUCUGAGAUGUAAAUGAAAUUGUUUCUUCGUAUAAACAGAUUUAUUAAAAGAAACAUAUAAAUUACAUUACUUGCUCCUUAAUGGAUCCUCUGCAGUAAAUGGGUGCCGUGAGAAAGAGAGUCCAUACAGCUGAUAAAAACAUAGCUGAUCCACAUAACUUUUCACUUCACGAGAUGAUCAUUUAUAAACUGUCGUGUGGAUUAUUGUGAUGUUUUUAUUCGGCUAUUUUCUGACGGCACCCAUUGACUGAAUGAAAGUAAUAUAAUGCUAAAUUGCUCAAUAUCUGUUCUGAUGAAGAGGCAAACUUACUGCCACAGUAUUGUAAAUCUUUUUUUUUUUUACACAUAUUGCCUUAUGCAAACUAAAGCUGUUGAAUUGAUUGAAUGUAAGACAAGCACCUGUGAUUUAUUUUUUUGUACUGCACGAGUUGUUUGCUGAUUUUCUCAUAUUGCUGUAUUUACUUUUUUUGUUGUCUUAAAUGCAAAAUGUUUAUUCAAUUAUCAAUAAA